ACAAAAACAGUAUUGUUGUGCUGCGUUCGUCGCGAUACAUUUACUGGCGAUUAAAUUGUACAACCAGACGUUUGUAUUUAUUGUGAUUUUAUAAACUAUUGUCGCUUACUACAAUGCUUAACGAAGAAGUGGACGAUACAGAGUUCUUCCAGCAGGAUUUCACAACUGCUUCAGAGUGGGAAAUUUUCAACGCUCGGUUAGAGGAAAUUUUCCAUGAGUGGAAGUUGUCGUAUGGUUUGACGGAGAACCGUGGCCAGCUUGGUCGUAACCAACUUUCGCUUUGUGAAUGGAGCAUCCUCAAUGAGCAAAUUAAAUUUGCGGACGUUCUGCUAGAUGUUGUACGGUACAAGGCCACUAUACCGGAAGGAGAAAUACAGACUGGUGACAACGAAAAGGCGAGCGAAUGCCAGGCGUUUGUGGAUCUGAUGGCGAAUGAGAAUGACUAUUGUAUAGUGGACCAAAAGGCUGAAGGUCCGCUGCAUCCUUUAGCCCAGUGGUACGGAUUGAGAGAAUUUGUCGUGGUCGUUCCAGUCAAGGGUUCCAUCACUAACGAGAGCCAGAUUCGAGUUCUGAUGAGUUCGGUGCAUAUUGCUGUAGCGGAAAGUAGUUGUGAUGUUCCAGUCUUUGUUCAGGUUUUGGAAAAAGUACAGAAUGUGUUUCUCGGAGUUUGUGAGUCCGGUUCAAUAAGGCUUUCAUUCGAUACUGUCCAUUUGAAUAUUACGCCUCCGACCUGUAAGUAUUUGUCGGGUCUUCUUGACGUGUUCAAAGGAAAGAUUGCCGUCCCUUACCUGGAUCCGGUUGCAGUAUCCGUUCGCUUUACUUAUUCGUUAUCAAAGUUUUUGAACUCUUCGUACGUAGUACCUAAAAUAGUUCCAUUCUCAGAGAACAAUGGCAAUGAGGAUAACUUCGCACACGAUCGUGAAAUCUCUCUUCCAUUUGGCGUUGCUAUAGACCCCGUUUCGGAGCUGAUUCUACAUUGCACAUGGCCGCACGUUGCAGAUAAUGUCGUAAUUGAUUCUCAAACCUAUUCUGAUUUUGAUCCACUUACGGCUCCGGUGUGGAGUCUUCGAGCUCGCUUUGAAGAUACUCCGGUAUGCUACAUGGCGGAGUGUAUCCAAGAAUUCCUCCAGACGUCGGACUCCAAACGAGCCAUAACCGAAUAUUUUCCCGAACUAGCCUACGGAGUAAAUCAAAACAUCGAAGGCCCUAAAGCCUUAGAGCGUUUGACGGAAUCGAAGAUUCCAACUAUAUCCUCAAUGAUUCCGGGCAUUUCUUCGGUUGGAGGCACAACGGGAAGAAAAGAAACCAAGCUGGAAGGCCCACUGAAUGACGAGUUGCUGAAAGAUAUGCUCUACUAUUUGUUCCCAGACGCACAACUGGAUUCGCUGUAUGUGUAUGUCGUCCCGCAGCCGGGUCAAAGUGAGUUCGAUCCGUUAAAGAUUAAAUCUGCGCAUCCCGAUUCGUUGGUGCAUCGAUUGGCCAUGUUGUUGGCCAUGUGUAAUUCAUACUUCGGUGGCAAACGAGCCGUAGCACAACUGUGGGUUGAAUUCGCCCAGGAGAUGCGGUAUCGAGUGGAACGCUGCAUUCAGAUUCCAGGAAUUGCGGCCGGCUUUCCAGAUUCAAGAACCUGUUUGCUCCACCAGAAACUUCAAAUGCUCAACAUUUGCAUGGAACGCCGGAGGAUCCGUGAGGGAGGAUUACCUUUCGCCAUGACCGGUGCUGGACCGGUAAAAUCCCACGAGCUGGGCCACGAAUCGGAAGAUGAGUUCUUCGAUUGUUCGGACGAUGAGCGUGACCAGAAUGAAUCCAAACGGCGCCACGCAGCGUGGAACCAACCGGCCGGACGUCUCUCGAAGCUGGGUAAAAUGCUGCUGGUCGAUUCCGAUGAACCGCUCUACAUUCCGAUAACGCAAGAACCGGUGCCGAAAACCGAAGACCAGCUGGAGGAUGACGCAGAGGUGAUGCUAAAACUGGGACCCGGCAGUGAGCUGUGCACCCAAAUGAUGAGCGCAUCACUGCUUUCGGACAUGGAGAGCUUCAAGGCCGCGAAUCCGGCUGGCAAGCUGGAUGAUUUCAUUCGCUGGUACAGUCCAAGAGAUUGGAUCGAAGAAGAUGCCGACGAGAGGGAUCCUUUUGGGCGGAAGGGCCAUUUGAGCUCGCGAAUGAUGAUUCCUGGUAAUACCUGGCAGACGGUAUGGGAAAAUGCUAGACCAGUCCCGGCUAGACGACAGAGACGAUUGUUCGAUGAUGCUAAAGAAGCGGAAAAAGUGCUCCACUAUUUUGAAUCUAGAACCAUCGGACAAAUCGCGCAGCUGACAAUGGCUCCACUGUUUCAUAGCUCGAUCAAAAUCUUAUCGAGUCAAGCUGCAGUCGAUGCUGGACUAAUUCCCUGUUUUGCAGAGAACAUGGAUAAAAUCAUUAGUGCAUGCUGUAAACUUUCGCGGGAAAAUUGGGUUACCGGUGCACCAACCCCACGUGGAAAUUCAUGGGUUAAGUAUGAAGCUCUGCUUUCGGAUAUCACCCAACAGGAAAAUCUGAUUAUCCAAGUACGCAGUUUGAGAAAAAAGCUGUUCUCCGAAGAUGUCGCCCUUACACCCGACGAGCAGGGCGCACUGGAUAACGCAGCAGUCGAACGGGAACUUUUAUCUCAACUGCUGAAAGCUUUCGAAUGCGAGCUUGACGGUGCGGCGAAAAGCACGGUUGCAAAGCGUGUUCUGAGCAUGUUCACCGAGGCGAAGAAAGCCGCGAAUGAACAGGCAAAUGAACAAACUGUUGCGCUGGUAAGCUUUAUGCUUGCGGAUGGGGCAUACAUUUGUUUGCCUGAUCCUGUCGAGAAGCAAUUUACAAUGAGACUUGGUGGUCAAACUGUCAACAAGGGCUUGGGUUCGCCACAGUUCAUGAGGGCAAUUCUAACUAACAACGAAUUUCGUCUAUGUGGAGCAUUCAGCCAAAACACAACAUUUUACUAAACGAAGAAGAUUGCAUCUGAUUCCAUUUCAAUAUUAAAUAACAUGUAUUUCAAUUACAUUUAUUAACAUGAUCUUAAUAAAGUUGCAUCAAUUACAA